AAUAAUCAUGUUGUUUUGUUUGCAAUAGAGUUGAAUAAAAAAUGUUUUAUUAGUAUUGUUAUUUGUGCUAUUUCUUGUAACCAAAAGUGAUAUUUUUCCUUCCAUCAUUCUACAAUUGUUGCAUCGUUUCUAUUUUGACUAGCGAAUAUGUUCUUGUAACUUUUUGAGGACUUUUUGCUGAUAGCGUGGCUUCAGAAAAGCAUCUUCUAAUUUAAGCAACAAACGUAGUUAACCAUAUGCCUUCACUGAUUACCCAACAUUUGAUCAUUAGAUUAGUAGUUUUGCCAUUUUAGUUGAUAUGUCUUCUAUUAGAAGGGCAGUUUUCAGUUUCUUCCACAUAUUUUUUAUUUUUUCCCCCCAUCAUUUUAGUUUAACUUUGCUUUUCAUUCACACUACAUUGUUCUUCUGAAUGAUGUCUGGAGAAAAAACAACAUUUUAUUUAGAUUGUCAGAGAGGAAUUCACUAUAACUAUCAAAUGCAACAUGUUUUGCCAUCAAAAUGCCUGAACUCACUUACCUUUUAAACCACAGGACUUCGCUUGAACAAAAUUUCAACUUUUAAUGGCAAUGUGAAAGCACACAAUCUAUUUGGUCAUAAAACAUUUGAAUAAUUAUCUAUGUGUGCUUUCAGAUAAAAAUGUACCACAGUAUUUAAAUAAUACAGUUAUCUCAAAUGCAAAGCAAGGUGUAGAAAGAAAAUUGGCUAGCUUGUUGCUUUGUUUUCAGUUUAAAAUAUUCAAGAUCAGCAAGUGGGACUAUAAACUGAAAGCAUACUUCUUUUCAGUCUACAGGGAUACUUUUUUUUUUUUUUAGCAGUAUUUAACUGUGUACUGACAGCCAUAAACUGUCAGCUAGGCUUUUUGCUCUUGAUUUUAUUCAUCUGUGAAAGUUUUACAUUUAAUUUAACUUGGAAUAGACUGAUCUUCAUCUGAUUCACAUUAUAAGUAAACAACAACUCUCCCAGUAGUUUUAUUUUCCAUAAAUUCUGACCCUCCAUUGGCCAGAUGCAACUUUUUAAAUGCAUCUAGCCUAAAUAAAUUUAGGCUAGAGGGAUAAAGUGCGAACUUUAUGCUGCUGUAUGAAUAAUAGGUUUACUGAACUCUGGAAACUCUCACACAUACAGUACUCUGCAAACAAAAUAAAAAAAAUACUAUGUCAUACAGCAACUCUUGAUACUUGAUACAUGUGAAAAGUAGGUUAAAGUCUCGCUUUAAGACUAUUUUGAAAAGAUAUGUUUAAUCUGACAAGCAAACCUAAUCAGAAAAUAUAUUUUAAUUCAUUGCAUAUGACUAUGUAUUAAAAUUUCUUGAACGUAUGUAACACUUCUUUGUUCAUCUCAGGUCCAGUAGGUUCACAGUACAUUUUGCAGUGUUAAAUAUGCAGUGUCACAAUUCAUUGACUCUUUCAGAGCAAAUACAACAACAGAUUGAGUAAAAUGCCACCUAGUGUUGGUGUAAAUUUCCAGAGUGUAUACACGUCGCGUCAAUUUGACUCUGACAAGCUCCGCCCACCUCCUCCUCUCAAACCAACAAGUCUAACCGUUGCGUGGGCGCCAUUUUUCUCCUGCUUGAAUGACUGCGGUAAGUUUCUUAUUAUAAGAUAAUACAAUUUUAUGUUUUAAACAUGAAUUGUUUCACAAGAAUAUUUAUUGUGUACUCCGGCAUGAGUUUUGAUGUCUUAAUACCAAGUUUUGCACGGCUAACCUGAGCGAGUGAAUGCCUAGCUUAAAAUGUUAGCUCGUCCAACUCGACUAUGUCCGCCUUAAAUCCAUGUCCAAGCCAUAUUACAUACGUAGAUAUGUUCUUUAUUUAAAAAAAAAAAGGUGACAUAAAUUCAGGAAAGCGUGUGGAUUGAGAAAAAAAUAAGUCACGUUGGCUGUAUGGCUUUUCAGUACAACAGUAAUGUUAACGCCGCCCCCUCCCCCCUUUUUUUUUUGCUAAGUAAAUUUAUGCCGGCAUUUGCCUGCCUUGGUGCCUGGAGUUUCAUAAACUAGCUGUUAGCCACUCUGCUCCUUUUUUCGUUAGUCUCUAUUUUAUUCUGGUUGAGUCUGUUUAUUUAACAUGGUUUGAUUCGUUCAAUUACAUUUGAGGGACAUAUUUUUGUAAACGGGAUGGUGUGACUUGUGAUCGACAGUCUUCUUACCCCGCUACUCUGAAUUAUUGGAACUGUAAGCAGGUACUAAUAGUCCAGCUAGCUAUGCAGUUAACACUGAAUUGGGCGCGAGUGAUGAUUUGCACAAACCUUUCUUGACUCCUCCAUUACCGUUGCUAAUGCUAAAGGAAAAGUUGAAAAACAAGCGAGGCGACUUCAUGAACUGUUCUAGUUGUUGCUAAUGUAAAAGGUGCUCAGUAACUGUCUAACCUUGAUAAGAGUCCCAUGAAGUCAAAUUACUUUGCACCCAAGACACAUUAAUCUGUAAAGUUUAGUCAUUAUGUUUUGUGUAAGUGAUGUAAUGUAAGUUGAAUUAACUUUUGAAGCAGUUGGCACAUGUUUUACAUGUGACAGCAUUCCAGUACUAAAAGUGAAUGACUGAGGAAUUAUGUGUUGCAGGAACCAUGUUGAUUAAAACAAGACUUGGCGAACAACAAACAUUUGUCUGACUAAUAGAGCCAUUUCUGAAGGAGUUUUUGAUUACAGCAUUUGCAAAAUUUGGCAUGCCAGCUAUAAGAGGGCGUGAAGGUUGUUGACAGUUCUGGGACUGAGUUGGAUGAGGAUGUUGUUAAGGAUCCCUUGGCUGGAGUCCUAACCCUCAAAUAUGAAACUGGUUUGUUACAUUUGUCAUUUAUGUUAGUAUUUAAUGAGCUUGCUAAUUCAUUGUGGUUAGUGUUUUUGUCUUUCAUCUGCUUCUCUUAUGAUCAAAAUUUGUCUCCUUGGUGGAAUCGCCUGAGGAAUCUUAGCCAAGCUUGUCUGAUUCUCAAGAGAUACUCAUUCUUUCAGAGAGUCCUUCUGCUAAACAAGCAGCAGCUAGACACAGAGCCUGAACAAUUGGUGGAAUCCAUUCUCAACAACACACCUGGUGGAGAAAGGAUCAUGAAGGAAUUUAAUCGAAGCAAGUGCCUCACAGAUGAAACCAGAAGGAAAAUGGUUAACAUACUGGCAGCUGAUAUGACAGAGAAGAAUGGGAUCUCACCACGCAGAGAGGUUAAAGAAAUGUAUUCCAGAGGAAUUGUGAGCUUAUUUCCCUACCUCAUUGAUCCAUUCUCCAGGAAAGGUUAUGAGCAUUAUUACGAUGCUGCAAGUGGUAUCGGGUACUUAGCCUGGAGGAUAAAAACUAUUCAAAGAUCCACUGCUAGAGACAGACGAACAUCAUAUGGAGCAAAAUGCAAAGAAGCAUUGCGUGAACAUGGGCUUGGGGGACCAGCUGUCAGACAGGAGACCCAGUUUGUUCCAGAGACUGUCCUGAGUGAAGAAGAGUGUAAGGAAGCCAUUGCACUGAUUAAGCAUUCAGCCGAUGAGGACACAAUCAAGAAGAAGAUGAAGCUCACAUUUGACUUCUGGCGCAACACAGUCCUCUACCCCCAACAGCCAAGCAACAUACUCUCUGUCUUUCCACGUUUCAAAGAUGUCAAAGGCUUGGUGGAGCAGGAUUUUGUCCUGAUGUUUGGAGAAGGCGUGUCUGGCAAGUUUCUGGAGCAACAGAUGACCACGUUCAAGAGAAAGAUCAUCCAACAAUGCAGAAAACUUCCAACCACCAGUGACCUUGAAGAACUUCUCCUGGCAGCUGACCCUCCUGAGGAUGCCACUGAAGUGGAUGAUGACAUGAGUUGGGAUAAUGACCUCUCAUCAAUUUUGCUGCUGCAACACCUCAUUCCCCCCUCUGCAUUGGGCCGAAAGAAACCUUGGAAGAUGUCUGGCUAUCAACCAGAGAAGCAUCUUGUGGUCUUCAAGAAGACAGAAACCAGCAUUCAAGAACAUCUUGAUGCCAUCAUGAGCACACAACCCUAUCUCCUGGCUGUGGGACAGAGGAAGAAAGUAGAUCACCAGUUCUUCAUCCUUGACAAAAAUGUCAUUGCUUGCAGGUCAACCUCUUCUCUUGGUGCUUUUGACGAACUGUUUAAGGCACAUUACGUGUUUGCCGCAACAUACAACCCUGUGCUGUGCAACAUAUUCAUAUUCAUCCAAAUCACUGUGUACAAUAUAGAUGUAGGCAAAGUGAAGGAAAAUCCUUGUGUGGUAGAAAUUUGGCUAGACGAACAUCUAGCCCAAAUGUUAGAUGGGCUAGAUGUUGAUUCAUCUAGCCCAUCUAGAUGGGCUAGAUGGGCUGAUUCACUAGUACUUGAACAGAUUUGUUUGGCAUGAAAUGUUUUGUUUGUGAGACAAAGUUAAGUUGCACAAAUGUACUUGUUCGGCAUAUACGAGUAGUUCAUGGUUACUUGGAUGGAAAAAAUCUUCGCCUUAAAUGUGCUCAGUCUGGAUGUGGCCGUGUGCUUGGAACCUUUUCUGGGUUUAGGAAACACUUAAACACCAAACACACUAACAAUACUGACCAACAAGUCAGCAAUGUCAAUUCAAGCAGAGCAGACCUUGGUAAUGCAGAAGAUCUGGCAACAGCUAAUGUAGAAGAGACAGUCACAACAUCUACACAGUUGAAGUCCAACAUCAGCAUUGUAGAUAUGUGUGCUACUGCUAUCGCACAACUCGGAGCAGCUGGAUUAAGCCAGUCUACUGUUAAGAGAUUUGUCUCAUCCAUGGAAGAAGUGAUUUUUGAGACUCACAGUCAGGCUAUGGAUGUAGCUUUACAGUGCUUGCCUUCAGAGGAUACACAGAACAGGACCAAAGUAGAACAAUCAUUCAGAACAUUGGAAAAUCCAUUUACACCUCUAAAUUCAGAAGCAAAGUUAAACACACUUGAGAGAGAAAUGGGGAUUGGUUGAACCUAUUGAAAAAGUGCUUGGCACAAGAUUUGACAGCAGAAAAAACAAAAGUACUGGGACAUAUGAUCAAGUCAUUGUAACUGAUAGGUUUGCAUAUAUACCCAUUUUGGAAACACUGAAGAGUAUUUUGCAAAAAAAAAAAGAACUUCCAGAAAUGUUCAAGCUUGGGUAUAUUCCCAAAGAAGGUGUUUAUGCAGACUUGAGAGACGCCAUCCAUUUUAAAGAAAGUCCCCUAUUUUCUUUGCAAAAAGAUGCCCUUCAGAUUCAGCUGUUUUAUGACGACUUUGAAACUGCAAAUGUAUUGGGACCUAAAAAGGGGUUACAUAAAUUAGGUUCUAUCUAUUUCACUCUAAGAAAUUUCAGUCCAAUCUUUAAUUCGUCUUUGCUAAAUAUUCAUUUGUGUGCUCUAUUCCAUGCACAUGACAUCAAACGAUACAGUUUUAAUUUGAUACUUGAACCUCUUGUUAACGAUCUGAAAGUACUUGAGACAGAGGGACUUAAAAUUCCAACCUUUGAACCUGUGAUUUAUGGUACUGUGGUUCAGGUUACAGGUGACAAUCUUGGAUUGCAUGGUCUGUUUGGCUUUGUGGAGUCAUUUGGUGCUCGCUAUUGCUGUCGUUUUUGUCUCCUUGAAAAGCACAGUUUUCAAACUAUAUUCUCUGAAGAUCAUCCAGAAGUUGUUCUAAGAACUGAAGAUGAACAUGCACAACACUGUCAAACUGUACAAGCAGAUCCUAGGCUUCCUCAUGUAUAUGGUGUGAAACGUGUUUGUCUAUUGAAUUCACUUCAGUAUUUCAACAUGGCUAACAAUUUUUCUGUAGACAUGAUGCAUGAUAUUCUUGAGGGGGUUGGUCAGUUUGAGGUAAAACUGAUUCUGAAGUACAUUCAUAGCAACUUCCUAAGUACUGAACAAGUUGCUGGUAGAAUACAUGCAUAUGACUGUGGUUUCAAUCAGCAGCGAAACCGCCCACCUUUGUCAACAGAUAAAAUGCUGGAUGGAAGUAAUGACUUGGGUUUAACAGCCAUACAGUUUUGGUGCUUGUUACGCAAUAUGCCUCUGCUAUUUGGUGAUUUGAUUCAAACAGAUGAUAAACACUGGCAUCUCCUACUUUUGCUUCUACAUAUUGUUAGCAUUGUAUUUUCGCCAGUCUUGUCAGAGGGCAUUACAAUGUACCUCAAACAUUUAAUCAUUGAUCAUCAUCGGUUGUUUAAGCAAUUAUUUCCGAAAAUAAAUCUCUUGCCAAAGCAUCACUUCAUGAUACAUUACCCUCGUAGUAUAAGGCACAUUGGUCCAAUUUUGCAUACAUGGUGCAUGCGUUACGAAGCCAAACAUAGUUUCUUCAAGAAACAAUUAAAAAGCUUUAAAAACAUUACUAAAACAUUAGCGAAAAAGCAUCAAAGUUACAUGGCAAUGUAUCAUGAAUCAUUUGGCAAGGAAAGAUUCAGUGUAGGUCCAGGAAAGAUGGUGACACUUUGUGAGUUAAAAGAGGGAGUAGCGAUUGCUGCAAAGUUUGGAAUUGUUUCGACAACCAGUGUGUUUUCUGCCAAGUGGAUAAAAUAAUAUGGUACAGAGUACCGUCCUGACUUUAUUAUAUGUACUGAGGUUGCAUGUGAGAUGCCUGUAUUUUGUAAGAUUCAAACAAUUGUUGUAAAAGAUGACAGUGUUUUGCUCUGUGGAAAAUUGAUGGAAACCAUGUGUUUUGAUGACCACUACCAUGCCUUUAAGGUCAAGCUGCAUCCAGAUAAUGUUCGAAAGGUUUUGCAUAUAAAUGAUCUCUUAUACUUCAAACCAUUUGAUGUUCAAAUGAAGUACGGUACGACAGAUACUGCCUUAUAUGUGGUUCCAUAUUGCCAUUUUAUGCAGACAUAGGAUAAUUUUGCUAAUGGUGUUCUUAAGAGACUGAAGUUAACUGUUUGUGGACUUGAGAUCGGUUGCUUGGCAUGCCAGGCACCCUGGAAGCCAUUUUACAGUCAAUGCAAAGUCCUCUACUGUAAUAAGAUGUACACCAUGUCAUGUUACUGUAACACUACUAAAAGUGUGUUAACUAAAAGUUAACAAAUCCUUUAAAUCUGCUUUAGUUCAAUAAAGUUAAGUUAAAUGCA